UCGGAAAGUAAUCUUCCACGUCACUAGGAAGUAGUGGACAGACAGCUCGCCGAAGGGAGCUUUUCUUUUUACCGAUGUAAAUAUCCAAAACUGGAUAUCGAAGGCCACUUCGGAGGAUCAAAGUCGUGCAGCCAGGUAUUAUCCAGUAAGCGACAUUCAUUGGGAUUCUUCUAAACAGAUACAAGCCCAGCAGCAAAAUGACAGCUGCGGAGAACGUUUGUUACACUCUGAUCAAUGUUCCAUCUGACUCGGAGCCCCCUUCUGAAGUCAGCCUGAAAACGGAUCUAGAAAAGGGGGAGAUCAAGGCAAAGACUGAAGCCCUGAAGAAGGUUAUCAUCAUGAUCUUGAAUGGUGAGAAGUUGCCAGGACUGUUGAUGACCAUCAUCCGCUUCGUGCUGCCACUUCAAGACCACACCAUCAAGAAGCUACUGCUGGUAUUCUGGGAGAUUGUGCCCAAAACAACUCCAGAUGGAAAGCUGCUUCAGGAGAUGAUCCUGGUCUGUGACGCCUACAGAAAGGACCUGCAGCACCCCAAUGAGUUCAUUCGUGGCUCCACUCUCCGCUUCCUGUGCAAGCUGAAGGAGUCUGAGUUGCUUGAGCCUCUCAUGCCAGCGAUCCGGGCCUGCCUGGAGCACCGUCACAGCUAUGUGCGCCGCAAUGCUGUGCUGGCCAUUUACACCAUCUACAGGAACUUUGAACAUCUGAUCCCAGACGCUCCAGAGCUGAUCCACGAUUUUCUUGUCAAUGAGAAAGAUGCCAGCUGCAAGAGAAACGCUUUCAUGAUGCUGAUUCAUGCAGAUCAGGAUCGAGCUCUGGAUUACCUCAGCACAUGCAUUGACCAAGUGCACACUUUUGGCGACAUUCUCCAGCUGGUCAUUGUGGAGCUGAUUUACAAAGUUUGCCAUGCUAACCCCUCUGAGCGCGCUCGGUUUAUCCGCUGCAUCUACAACCUGCUGCAGUCCUCCAGCCCAGCUGUUAAGUAUGAGGCUGCUGGCACUCUUGUAACCCUCUCCAGUGCUCCCACAGCCAUUAAGGCUGCUGCCCAGUGCUACAUUGAUUUGAUUAUCAAGGAGAGCGACAACAAUGUGAAGCUGAUUGUUCUUGAUCGCCUGAUUGAACUGAAGGAGCAUCCCACUCACGAGCGUGUGCUCCAGGACCUUGUGAUGGACAUCCUUCGUGUUCUCAGCACUCCUGACCUGGAAGUCAGAAAGAAGACCUUGCAGCUGGCACUGGAUCUUGUGUCAUCUCGCAAUGUAGAAGAGUUGGUGAUUGUUUUGAAGAAAGAGGUGAUCAAGACAAACAACGUAACAGAACAUGAAGACACUGAUAAGUACAGGCAGCUGUUGGUGCGCACUCUUCAUUCUUGCAGCGUCCGCUUCCCUGACAUGGCGGCCAAUGUCAUACCUGUGCUGAUGGAAUUCCUAAGUGACACUAAUGAGGCAGCUGCUGCUGAUGUACUGGAGUUUGUACGGGAAGCCAUUCAGAGGUUUGACAACUUGAGACCCCUCAUCAUCGAGAAGAUGCUGGAAGUCUUUCACGCCAUCAAAACUGUCAAGAUCUACAGGGGAGCGCUAUGGAUCUUGGGAGAAUACUGCAGCACCAAGGAAGACAUCCAGAGUGUGAUGACAGAAGUACGCAGGUCCCUGGGAGAGAUCCCCAUUGUAGAAAACGAGAUAAAGAAAGAGACAGGAGAGGUUAAGCCAGAGGAUGAAGUAAGUGCAGCGCCAGCCCAGAAGCUGGUGACAGAGAUGGGCACCUAUGUGACACAGAGUGCCCUCAGCUCCUCCAGGCCCUCGAAGAAAGAGGAAGACAGACCUCCACUCAGAGGCUUCCUGAUGGACGGAGACUUCUAUGUGGCAGCUUCCCUGGCCACCACACUAACCAAAGUGGCCUUGCGCUAUGUUGCCAUUGUUCAAGACAAAAAGAAACAAAAUUCCUUUGUAGCAGAGGCCAUGCUGAUCAUGGUCACUGUGCUGCACCUGGGUAAGUCUUCUCUGCCCAAGAAGCCAAUUACGGACGAUGAUGUGGACCGCAUCUCGCUGUGCCUGAAGGUCCUGUCAGAGUGCUCGCCACUUAUGAAUGACAUUUUCAACAAGGAGUGCCGCAAAUCCCUGUCACAUAUGCUGACUGUCAGACUGGAGGAAGAGAAGCUGUCACAGAAGAAAGAGUCUGAGAAACGUAACGUGACAGUGCAGGCAGACGACCCCAUUUCCUUCAUGCAGCUGACAGCCAAAAAUGAGAUGACUUCUAAGGAGGACCAGUUCCAGCUCAGUCUGCUGGCUGCUAUGGGCAACACUCAGAGGAAGGAGGCUGCUGAUCCCCUGGCUUCAAAGCUCAACAAGGUGACUCAGCUGACAGGCUUCUCAGACCCAGUGUACGCAGAAGCCUAUGUUCACGUCAACCAGUAUGACAUUGUGCUGGACGUGCUGGUGGUCAACCAAACCAGUGAUACUCUCCAGAACUGCACCCUUGAGCUGGCCACUCUAGGUGAUCUCAAGUUGGUUGAGAAACCUUCACCUCUAACUCUGGCUCCUCAUGAUUUUGCUAACAUCAAGGCCAACGUCAAAGUGGCUUCUACUGAGAAUGGCAUUAUAUUCGGUAACAUUGUCUAUGACGUGUCGGGAGCUGCUAGCGACAGAAACUGCGUCGUCCUCAGCGACAUCCACAUUGACAUCAUGGACUACAUCCAGCCAGCCUCCUGCACCGAUGCAGAGUUCAGACAGAUGUGGGCAGAGUUUGAGUGGGAAAACAAGGUGACGGUGAACACCAAUAUCACUGAUCUGAACGAAUAUCUCCAACACAUCCUCAAGUCCACCAACAUGAAGUGUCUGACUCCUGAGAAGGCGCUGUCUGGCUUCUGUGGCUUCAUGGCUGCCAACCUUUAUGCUCGUUCUAUCUUUGGAGAAGAUGCCCUGGCUAAUGUCAGCAUCGAGAAGCCCAUCCACCUGGGGCCCGAGGCACCUGUCAACGGACACAUACGCAUUAGAGCCAAAAGUCAGGGGAUGGCCUUGAGCCUCGGUGACAAGAUCAACCUCUCCCAAAAGAAGACAAAUGUCUGAGACAACUCUGAUCCAGCUGAUCCCUCUGACUUUGUAAAAGUCACCCGCUGUUCUCUUGUGUCACCCAUUUUACAGUCUUUUCAUCACUGCAAAUUAAGAACUGUCUAUGGUCAGUUGCUUAUGUGCUGUUUUUUUUUUCACCUCUGUUUGAAAACUACAUCUCAGUAAUGUCCCUGUCCUGUUUAUUUUCAAUAAACCUAUGUAUUAAAAGAAUGAGGAAACAUCA